GAGCAUCCCUCCCUCCCUCUCUUCAACUCCCUCAGGUCUGACCGACUUGCCCGCAGUGACUACUUGUUAACAGAGAAACAAAAGUGCAUAUCAGUCUACGAGGCUGGUCGAGUCUAAUUCCUGGAGAAUUUGACUUAAUUUUCCUCACAGACUCAUUGAUCAACGCCCAGAGAAGCUCGGUUGUGUUUUAGCCUUCUUGGUCGGGACAAGCUGCCUGCCUGCCUGCAUCCAUUCAAGUGCCGACGUCCUUUUGUCUUUGCCCGAUCUUCAUGUUUCCUUUCCAACAACCCCCAAAAAAAACUGACUGAUUGAUUUCCAUCAUCAACCAACAGUUUAUCAAUCAUAAAUAUGGCGUCGUCUUCGUCGUCGGGUCCCGACACGAUCAUCAACCUCAAGGUCAGCUUCGAUGGAGUUGUCAAGAAGGUGAAACUUCCUCUGCGUGACCUCGCUGCGAGCACGCUGGCAAACAAGCUGCACGAGACCCUCUCCCUUCAUCCCGACAACACGUAUCUCAUCGAGCGUUAUUCCGACUCGGCGGCAUCUUACGUGGUGCUCGAUCCCGCUUAUCCCGCAGUCUUCAAGCAGCUGUACCGCGCCGCCAAGGCGAAGCAGAAGCUCAAGUUGAGGAUUACCACUCUCAACAAGGACACCGUUGCUGAGAAGAAAGAUGAACUCUCACCUCCUCCUCGCAACGCCCGCUCAGUAACUGUUGAGGACGUACCAGAGGCCGUGCCACAGCCAACGGCCACAACUUCUGCACCCAAGCCCGCCGAGGUCAUGGCUUCGUCUAUCGAGAAGACCGUCUGCGACUACAAGGCAUUCAUGAGCGGCCAAGGAGAGCGGAUCACUGUCUCGGAGCCCUAUCUGGACCCUCUUGAGGCUUUGGCCCGCAAGAUCAACUCAGUUGCGUUGUCUUCGGAGACAACCCAGAUAAAGACCGCAGAGAUCCCAACUGUGGAAAAGAAGACCACUCCCCCGCCGCCUCCGAAGCCCACGGCGCUGUCACAGCUCUCCCACUCUCGCAUGCCAUUUGCAGUCUACUGCAACAGCUGCGACAAGACGAUUCCCGAUGUUCACUACCACUGCUCUACCUGCGAUGAGGGUGACUUUGAUCUUUGCCAAGCUUGCAUUGAUAUGGGCAUUUCAUGCCACGGCGAGGGCCACUGGCUCAUCAAGCGUAUGAUUCGGGAUGGUGCUAUUGUUACCAGCACCACUUCACGCCAAGCUCCCAAGCCCCCGACCGAGAGCAACAAGUCGGCUCCUCGUUGUGCCAGGACCCCCUUGUCCCAGGCAGUGCAGACUUGCCCCGCAAUGCCAGCAGCGAGGAAGGUGUCCAAGUGCCCUGCUACUGCUACUGCUACUGCUGUUGCUACUCACCCUGCUCCACGGGUUGUGCCCCUGUUCCGCAACUACCUAUACCAAAACGCCCGGACUUGCAACAACUGCGUGCAGGAGUUCCCCGAGGCUGAGUUUCUCCACUGCACUACUUGCGCCGAUUUUGACCUUUGCAAGCCAUGCUUCAUCAAGGAUGCCCAUGGUCACCACCCUCGUCACGGCUUCAUCCCGGCUGUUGAGGGUACCGCAACUGACAGUGAGGUCUCUUGCCGCCUGGCUCCUGGCCGCAACGAGAAGCACAAUGCAAUCUGUGAUGGAUGUGACAAGUACAUCAACGGCAUCCGCCACAAGUGCCUCGACUGUCCCGACUGGGACUACUGCUCAGGCUGCGUCGUCAACGCUGGCUUUGUCCAUCCGAAGCACCGCUUUGUGCCUAUCUACGAGCCUCUGCGUGACGUGACUGCUCGCACUGCUAACCUGCCCGUCCACUUUGGCAUCCACUGUGAUGGACCUCUUUGCCAGGCGGGAACACCCCGUUUCAUCGUUGGCGACAGGUACAAGUGUGCCGUAUGCCAUGAUACCGACUUUUGCGAGAGGUGCGAGGCCAGCCCUGCCUCGACCCACAACAAGACUCACCCCUUGAUCAAGUUCAAGACUCCGGUUCGCAAUGUCAACGUGACAACGACCGGAGAGCAUGAGAAUGGAACCAAGCUCCCCCAGAUGGGAGACCGCCCGCGCCCUACGUCGCAGCCAGCGGAGCCCAAGUUCACCAGGACGACCAUUGCGCCCUCAACCGUCAGGACUGUGGUGAACGUGCAGCCUGCUCCUGCUCCUGCUCCUAGCACUAUCUCUAUCCCACCGCAGGUGGAAAAGACCCCCACGCCACCAGUGUCGCAGCCCCAGCCAGCUCUGCGACCAUCUGAGUACUGUGCGGUGUAUGAGAGCGACACUAUCGCUGAUGGCACUGUUAUGGAGCCAAACCACAUCUUUGAGCAGACUUGGGUUCUCCGGAAUGCAGGCAGGCACCCUUGGCCCGCAGGAUGCCGUCUCAAGUACAUUGGUGGCGACUACAUGGGUCAUGUCGACUCCAAGCGUCCUGCUGCCGUGCCUGAGCUGAUUUCAGCAUCUGAGUCGACCGUCUGCUACGCGCCUCUGGCUCCUGGCCAGUCCUUUUCUUUCACAGUUCUUCUGCGUACUCCUCCACGGGACGGCAAGGUCAUCUCCUACUGGCGACUUACGACCCCUGAGGGUCUGAAGUUUGGCCACCGUCUGUGGUGUGAUGUUGAGGUCAAGACUCCUGCUCCUGUCAAGGAGGCUCCUCCUGCUGUCAAGGAGGAGCCCAAGGAGGUUAAGGCAGAGGAACCGAUCAAGGAGGAGAAGAAGCUCGAGGGCAGCCAAAUGAUCUUCCCCAAGCUUGAGAAGGAGUCACCUGUCGCUAGCAUCCACCAGGAUUCUUCAGCUGUCACCCAGUCGGCACCAUCCGAGGUUGACAAUCAUGCUGACGAUUUCGAGGAUUGCAACGAUGACGAGUGGUCUGAGGAGGGAUUUAUGACCGACGAGGAGUACGACAUUCUUGAUGCUUCUGAUGAGGAGUUUGUUGACGAGAAGUCGAACAAGAAAUGAGUUGAUUCUCGACGCCGUCGCGGAAAAUAACAGCACGACCACGGACGGUGCAUCGAAAGUUUACGGCAAUCAAUGGCGGUCAAUUAUGCUCAUUUGUCGAGCAAGCUUGACUUGGCGCACAGAGGCUGAACAAACGGGAAUCGUGAUAGGAUUGCCAUUGAUCAACCUGUGUUUGUUUUCUUAAACUGUAUUUUUCUAUUAUGCUGGAUAUUGGUGGAGUUCCUAUGGCUUCUAUUUCCUUCGGUUAUUUUCACUGCCCCGCCAGAUAUUUGGGGGCGGACGACCAAUAUUCUCUCACUUGCACAAUGUGUUUUUUUUUUGGCCAUCGGAUGAUGCUACUUCCUUACCAGAUUGACUACUGAAGGCACAUCCUCAGGAGGAUUAGCGAUACAAGCUAUUAAACCUCUUAUUCGUUCCUUGAUUUCAUGUCAUGUGUUUACUGUCUAUUUGUCCUGUGAUUAAGUCGUCUUGUUUUAGUAGUCGUAAGUACUGAAAUUGAAAUACUUGGCUGAGAAAAAAUAUAUUUCUCGCUUGAUUUAUAUGCAAA